GCAAUAAGAAGUUUACCCAUUGCUUUUUCGUUUUCAAUGUCAAAAAUCUAAAUAAAUAUACGGAACUGGGAACAAAUAAUUUAAAUCGCAACUAACCAAACGUAUUUUAAAAAUUACAAUGGCAUUAGUUGCUUACGAUAACAGUGAUUCCAGCGAAUACGAGGAAGAAGAUGAGAAGACCACAGUCCCACACAUCCAGAAAGAUAAAGCACCUGAAGCAGAACCAUUAACACAAAAGUCUGAAAAUGUUCAAAGCAUAUUCAGCUUACUCCCACAACCAUCUCAUGUGAAAAAGGAAAUUCUAGAGGAAGAUGAUGAAUUUCUCCAUAAAAAGGAAUAUUCGAGUGAUGUCAAACCCAGGUCUAGGAUAACAAUUCCUUCAUUGAAGGAUUUCAAAGAUGUAGAGGAUACAAUACCAAGUACAAAAAGUAGAGUACCUAAUGGGAAAAAGUCUGGUCUACUAAGCAUCCUACCAGAGCCCAGAAAUGCAGUCAGAAGCUCAACAAAAUCCUUCAUCCCUAAUGUUGUAGCACAAAAACCACAAACAAGUACCGCUAAAAGAAAACCACUGCCAUCACCAGCAAAAAUAAUGAAGGUUGAAACGAAAAGUUCAUUAAUAACAGAAUACUCUGAUGACAGUGAUAACGAUGAAGUACAGAAUGACUUCUUUUCUUUUAACAAACAAGAAGAACUGCCAAUAGAUGAUUUACCUUUAGAAGUAGAGAGUGAAUCCACAGUUAUAACGACAAAAGAACCAAGAAGUAUUGAGUCAUACUUUAAGAAAGAUGCAGAUCAUGUUGAAAUACCACCAGAACAAAAAGAGCCCAGUAAUAACGAAGAUUAUUAUAGCUUGAAUGUGGCGCAACAAGUUGAUAACGGUGCUGGGAAUUCUAACGAAAUUGUCCUUGAUGAUGAAGCUAUCCUCAAGUUGUGUGGCACACGGGCCAAGCGCAGGCGUGAAGAGAUACAGGUAGUGGAUGUGAACCAGCAAGAGGUAUUGGGCGACGCACGUGAGUGGCUGCUCAAGGGACUCCUUGACGACACCACCAAGCGACAGUCCGCUAGUAAGAAGCAUGGCAACGAACCCACUUCCCAACAGAAAAGGAAACACCAAAUCACAUACUUGGCUCACCAGGCUAAAGCAAAUGAAGCUGAACUGCAGAACCAAUGGGCUAACAACAGGAUGACUAAAAGACAAACACAAUCAAAAUAUGGGUUUUAGAACUAAAGUAAGGCCAAGUAAAACAGGCAAUGUAUA